CCGACCGACCUGAUGCCCAUUACUGUUAUUACAGUUAAUACUGUUAUUAUUGGGUUACCCCUCAGGAGACGAGAGGUUUUGACAGCCCUGUCCCAGGGCAGGACUCCAGCUCAGGACCAGGACUGCUUGGCUCCAGCCCUGGCCUAAAUGUCAUUGUUUUCAUGCUCCAGGGCUCCGUUGUGAAUCAUGGGUUCCCAGCGUGGACUCAGGCCCGGCUAUGGAGGUUGAAACGCGGGUUUAUUCUGAAUAUAGGGGCCCUUCUGGGUCGUUGUUACAUCUCAUUGUUCGGGGUUAUUACGCAGCAUCGGGUUACUGAUGGUAAUAACCGGGGUGGAAUCUGAAAUUGCUCCAUUGUGUGACGAUAGAGACUUUAAACAUAGUAUCCUAUGAAGAGUCGUACUACACUCCUUUUAAGGCCUGAAAUGAAUUAGAAAGUAAUUCACAGUCGGCUAUGUUGCUAUUUGUGGACAGAUCUUUAUAUGCUGUUGUUAUAUAUUUCUCUUUUGAAACCACGUUUCAUAUUGAUGUUGUGUUUAUUGUUAUUGUUAGGAACUCGCCAUAAAGUGAGUGAGUCCUGGUCAGGAUUAGAACAAUGGAUCCCCUGUAUGACGAAGAGUAUGAUGCCAGUGGUGCUCACAGCCUCUUGACCCAGGACUGUGAUGAGGAAUCCAUGGACAUCUACUCUGGACUGGGUGACACGCCCACCCACACCACAGAGAUUCCUUCCAUGCUGUUCUCCCCGCGGCUGAAGGCGUCGAUGGAUCUCUACGAAGAGAUCCUCACGGAGGAAGUGAGGAGUAAGGACUCGUCGUUUGAAGAGCUGAAGAGCCGGUUCCUGGCGGCUCAGAUCCAGAUCGAGGAGCUACGCAGCCGACUGACGGCGACGGAGACGCAGAACACGGGCCUGAGCACGGAGAACCUGCGGCUCAAGAAGAACAUCUCGGCGCUCCUGAAGACCGCCCGGCAGGAAGUGCUCCGGAAGGACGAGGAGAUCAAGAGGCUGAACCAGAGUGCCGGGAUGAAAACGUACAAUCCACGUGGGAACGGCCAGUGGAGGACCUUCCCAAACCCCCACGCCAACACACCUCCACCUGUACCUGCACAGCCCCCGCCCCGCCCUGGGCCCGGCGACGCCCCUUCACCCAUCGCCCCCACCUCCAGGACAGCUGCUGACCUCUUCAGCCGGUUCCUCCACCUCUGCACCGCCCGCUCCCCCAACCACGCCUCUCAUUCCUCCGUCACAUGCGUUGCCCCCGCCUCAAGCAAGAAGGACCUCUCUGACCCGGUCCUCCGCUGCACCGACCGCACCCCCGCACCCUCCCACACCCCACCCUCGGGCCAGCAGCCACCCACACUGGACCCUCCUCCACCUCCUCUACCAACAGCGGACUCUACUCCACCUCCUCCUCCAACAGCUGACCCUCCUCCACCUCCUGUCCUCCACCCUCGAGCCCCCUCCCCACUGAGGGAGGACGUCCGUCCAGAGUCCUUCCCUCCACCGCCCCCUCCAGAGGAGGUCAGCGACCGGGCCGCCCAGCGACCCGACACCACGUGUCAGGAGGUGGGCCGAUCGAAGCGGCCCGCCCACGGCCGUCCCGCACGUUCUUCGAGUUCGGACUUGGAGGCGAGGGUCAAGCCCCAGCAGGUGGACUGCCAGUCCUCCUGGGAGGUACCGGCAGAACUCUGUGAGCUGGACACGCCGAGACCGUCGAAGCACAAAGAGCAAGAGCCCAGAAGCCAAACGCGGUCGCAGCCCACGGAGAAGAGGCUCAAGUCCGGUCCAGAGCCCGGGAAGGAUUGUGAAACGGAUCCUAGAAACGGAUCUCGCAGGGCCGAGAAGGAGAGCCGGACGAAACACCGCAGCCACAGAUUACUGAAGAGCAGCCGUUCUCAAGAGGCUGAAGAAGAGCACCACCGCUCAGAGAGCGGGGAGAGCCCCAGCUCGGGGGGUCUGGACCGGAGGCAAGACAGAGCGGAGUCCAAUCACAACGGCGCCGAACUGAGAGAGUCUCGGUCGAGGGACUCGGCGCGAGAGCCCAGGAAGGAGAAGCACGGCGACCGGACCGGCGAGAAGAGGGCGAGCGGCGGCAGUCGAGACCGAAGGAACGCUGCGCCGAAGCAUCACGCCGACGGAGCUGGGGAGACCUCCAGGAGGAAGGGCGACAGAGCGGACCCCUCCGGAGACGACCGGAGGAAGACCGAGCGGCGACGGGAGGACGAGAGCGGGAGACGCGAGAGAAGAAGCGAGAAGCACAAAGACUUGGACAGGAAUAGGCGGAAGGACGAGGGGAGGAGGAAAGCGGAGCUACGAGGAGGAGAGAAGUCCACCAAGGAUUUGGAGAAGACUUCGGAGGAGGAGGGCAGCGUUCCCACCGGGACGCAGUGUCCCACGGAAAACAGUCCGAACAGGAAGCUGUGCUUCAUGGAGACCCUGAACCUCACCCUCUCGCCGGUGAAGAAACCUCUGAGCCAACAGGGUCAGGCCGAUGGCGAAGAAGAGGAGGAGGGAGAAAUCCUAACCAGAGAGGAUGAAGACCAGCCCAACCUCGAAGAUUUUUUGGUCCUAGACGAAAUAGAGAGCAGCAUGACUGAAAUGGAGAUCGACGACGCCAAGCAAAACCCAAAGCCCUCGUCAGCUGUUCAGACGUCUACACAGGGGAACUGGGCCACAGAGAACUGCAAGGAAGACCAAAGUCUGAGGGCCACCGAGACCGGAGUAGUGGCGGUCAGCGGGCGACCAGAGGUCCCUCCUGUACCCAGGCCCUCAGCAGGCGUCCUCCCUGAGGCUGAAGAAGGCACGGAGGCUGGUGGACCACCUCUGAAACGUCCCGUCGCGGCCAAGGAAAGCAUCGUGGUUUCAAAACGACCCGCCGAAAACAUGCAGUGCCCCUCCCCCAACGAUCCAGUCGUGGGGGAAAUGUCCGAAACGUUGAAUCUUGGCAGGGUUGAGCGGGUCCGCAUGUCAGAAGACGGCAAGGGCAGCCCAUCACGAAACAGCAGGCCUGGGAAUCUCUCUGAGGUUAUAGAACCAGCUGAACCCACGGUCCUCCACUCAGAACCGGACUUACAAGAGAGUCCGUCGACAGUGCCCGUGGAUUGUAAGAAGCUUUCCGGCCCCUGUCCUCUCCCCGGUGCUGAGGAAGUUAAAGAAACUGUGCUCCUCUCUCAAUUAACCAGUCCUGUUGCUGAGAAAGUUAAAGAAGCUGUGCUCCUCUCUCCAUUAACCAGUCCUGUUGGGGAAGUUAAAGAAGCAGUGCUCCUCUCUCCAUUAACCAGUCCUGUUGCUGAGAAAGUUAAAGAAACAGUGCUUCCUCUCUCCAUUAACCAGUCCUGUUGCUGGGGAAGUUAAGAAACUGUGCUCCUCUCUCCAUUAACCAGUCCUGUUGCUGGGGAAGUUAAAGAAGUGGUGUCUGGCUCCUGUCCAAUCAGCAGUUCCGUUGUUGCUGUGGUUAAAGAGGCGGUGUCUCUCCCCUGUCCAAUCCCACGCCCUGUGUGUGGAGAAGUUAACAAAAGCCGGGGUUGCCCUUCCCCGAUGACCGGUCCUGUGUCCGAAGGAGUUCACCAAACCACGUCCACGCCCCGUCCCCUGAAGGAACCUGUUCCCGGAGGAGAGAACGGACGGGCGCCCAGCCCCUGUCCAAUCACACGGCUGCUCGCCGGUGCAGCCCAGGGGAAGGUCCGCCCAGAGGGUCUGCCGAGCCCACCCAACGCCCGCCCCCCCCCCAGGGCUCCGGCCUCCCCACCCGGCGGGGGGGAGGGGGAGCGUCGGGGGGGCAGUCCCAAGGGUUCGGACGCGGUGUCCAGCACCAUCACCCUGGAGGCCCUCCCCCCCGGCGACAUCAGCCUCCCCGAGGCCAUCUACGCCCUGACGCACGCCGACGCCGACAGCGACGACGACGACCGCGGCGGCGUCUCGUCCGGGGAGCCCGGGUCCACGCCGGGCUGCGUGGGCGUGUCCAAGGUGAGCAGCACCACGGAGGACCUGGCGUUGCCGGGGCGACGGGAGAGCGCCCUGGAGCGCACGCCGCUGAAGGGCUACGGGUUCUGUGCGCGCCGCGGCGCCGGCGCCGGCGGGGCCAAGCCGUCCAGCUCGCGGCCGGCGCUCUUCGACGAGGACUCCAUGAUGCUGACGCUCAGGAACCUCCGCAGCAUCCCGGACGUCAUCAGCCCCCUCCGGAGCCCCAUGCCGGCGGCCCGGAGGCUCCUGGGCCCACACAGCGGCACCAAGCCCCCCCACGUCAAGAGCUUGCAGAGAGAUUUCUGCGGUUCUGGGAUCUUCCAUUCCCUGAAACCGAACCCAAAGAAGGAGACCCCACCCCCCAAGGCCCCGCACCCUGGACCCCCAGCGACCUCUCUGAGGCCCCCGCCCGGCCGCUCCGAGGGGCCCUCCCCUCCGUCCAGCGACCUGGAGGAGGGCGAGAUACUGAGCGACAGCAACGAGGCCCCCGCCGACACACCCCCGCCCCCGCCCCCGGACCCCAAACCCACCGGGCCAGCCGGCGCCAACAAGACCCCCAAACCCAGCCCGCGGCCCCCGCCCCGCGCCGCCAAACGGAGGUUACUCCUGACAGGCAUGGGCGGAGCUCCGCCCCCCUCCACGCCCAGCCCGUCGUCCGGCAAGAGCCGGUUUAAGGCGGUGCGUCCCGCCGUGGAGCAGGCGGCGCUCGGCAGCGCGGCGGAGGUCAUGGACACCCUGAAGACGGUCCGCCUCCAGAUCCGGAAGAAGUACAUGAAGCUGCACAAGGUGUUCCCCAAGAAGAGCUUCUACGCCAUGAUGGACCACUUCCAGCAGUCGUUCAUGGAGUACGUGGAGAACGCCGUGUUCGGGGGCAUCAGCGCCCAGGUGGAGCCGCUGAAGGCCCGGCUCAGGAAGCUGGUGGCGUCGGUGUUCGGGAAGGUGAUGAACAACGGCAUCGUCAACCGCAUCUUCGACCAGCAGGCCGCCAACCUGAAGCGCCGGCUCUGGGACUUCGUGGAGGUCCAGCUGGACUACCUGUUCCUGGACAUCGAGAAGGCCCUGGACACCUUCUGCACGCCGGCCGAGACGCUCCCGCCGGCCAGCGCCGAGCCCCAGGACGUCCAUCCCAAGAACGGGAAAAUCUCCAAGAAGUCCCCGGUGCACGCGUCCCCGAAGAGGAGCGGCAGUCCCAAGCAGACGCGGCCCCAGAGGCGGAUCAAACCGGGCCCCGUGGUGCCGGCCAGGACGGGCCUGGGCCGCGGGAAGGACAUCCGGAUCAUCUGCACGGAGCGCCGCGACGCCGACACGGCGCUCCCGCCCCGCGGCGCCCCUCUGUCCCCGGACCGGGGGGCCCAGCGGGGGGGGUCCCUGCCCCUGUCCCACGGCGCCCAGGACCGCUCGGACUACGACAUCCUGACGGAGCAGCAGGCGUCCAGCCUGACCUUCAACCUGGUGCGGGACACGCAGAUGGGGGAGAUCUUCAAGUGCCUCAUGCAGGGCUCGGACCUGCUGGACGCCAGCGGGGCGGGCGGCGGGGGGGACCACACCUCCUGGUCCCUGAGCACCCCCAGGAAGGAGGGCGCCCCCGGGGACAGCCUGCUCGGCCUCCCCUCUCCCAGCAAGUUCCUCUCCCCGUCUAAAUUCGCCUCGCCGGGGAAGUUCGCGACUCCGACCAAGUUCGUGACGUCGCCGUCGCGGCUGAUGGGGCCGUGGGCCGGCCUGCUGUCGCCCGGCCGGCUGUGCUCGCCGCAGCCCAAGCUGCUGCGCAUGCCGCUGCACCCCUCCGUGUUCGACGAGAGCUGCCUGCUGGAGCUGCCGUCGGGCAGCGGGGCGGCGGCGGCGGCGCAGCGCUCGUACGCCCUGCUGGCCGAGGACCUGGCCGUGUCGCUCACCGUCCCCUCGCCGCUCAAGUCGGACGGCCACCUCAGCUUCCUGCAGCCGCCGCGCACGCUGGACAUGAUGUCCACGCCCGAGAGCGUCAUCAGCGCCCACUUCGGGGAGGACGCGCUGCUGGACGGCGAGGACGCCUGGGAGCAGCAGGACCUGCACCUGGCGCUGGACACGGACCACUCCGACUCCAGCCGCUGCUCCUCCGGCGCCUCCACCCCCGCCGCCGGGGCCGCCGGGGCCGGGGCCUCGCCCGCCUCCAUGCUGUUCCAGUUCAAGCCCCACCUCCCCAUGCAGGCGGAGGUCAUGGAGCGCUCCAACGACCACUUCGUCAUCAAGAUCCGCCAGUUCGCCGCCGACGACGACGCCGCCGACAUCACGCUCACCACAGACGACGAGGCCACGCCCACCGGCGACGAGGCCACGCCCACCGGCGACGACAGCCUGAGCCGGACGCUCACGGAGGAGGCGGAGCCGUCGGCCCCCACCAGGGCGGAGCCUGUGCCCCGAGCGCUCUUCCUAGAGAAGAGUUUUGCGAAGUCGCCCAGGCUCCUCCCCGAAAGGCAGAAGGCUCCGCCCCCGGAGGAGAAGGCCCCGGCCGAUCCGGGGAGUCCGCAGAAGGAGGCGGAGCCCGGCGUCGAGGGGCCGCCGUCCCGGCCCCCGGACUCGGCCUCGUCCGCCGACGAGAUGGAGGAGUCGACGGCGUCGGAGGGCCGCCUCGCCAUCGUGGAGGACGGCAGCGGCGGCAGCACGCCAGCGAGGGGGGCCCGGGGCGCGGCCGGCAGGAAGAAGAGGAGCCACCAGCAGCAGAAGAAGACCAGCGCCAAGCGGGCCAGGAAGGAGGAGGAGGAGGAGGGGGGGCGGGGCCGUGGGAGGCGGAGCAAGCCGGUCGCGGCGGCAGCGGCGAACCCCCGAGUCCGGGAGCCCCGGGGCGCCAAGCGGAGCGGGGGGGCGGGCUCUCCCCCCAAGACGCCCCCGUCCGGCCUGUCCGCCAAGAACCUGGUGAAGAAGAAGGGGGAGGUGGUGGUGGCCUGGACCAGAGAGGAGGACCGGUCCAUCCUCCUGGACCUGAAGACCAAGGGCCCGUCCCGGGAGACCUUCUCCGUCCUGUCUGAGAAGCUCCACAAGACCUCGGCCCAGAUUGCAGAGAGAUUCUCCCAGCUGAUGAAGCUGUUCAAGAAACAGGAGAAGAGAACCUCCCCGUGACCCCCUGCUGGACUUAUUAUGGGAUGUCCCACCGUACACAGCCCUGGAUCCUCCAAGGAGCCCAGGCAGGCUUGAAGGACCUCUGGUUCUUAACCCGCGCUGGUGGGGGAUGAGGAAGCCUCAGAGUCCUCACAGUGGACCGUUGGGAGGCCUGGCUGGGUUGCUAGGUGUGAAAGGGCCCGCUUAAAGGGAACGGUGCAUUGAUUAAAAGCUGUUUACACCUCUAAUGAGGCCGUAUCAAACUAAUGGGGAGCGCUUGUGGGUUUGGGGGCGGGGUAUUUUGGUCUCUGAGGUGCCCCAUCAAGGAGGAAGGACUUUUAAACCAUUAAACAUUACAGAAACUGCCGAAGUACAUUCACCUUCAUCUUAACCCUUUGAGAGUUUGAGUUUAAGUCUACGGUCAAUGGAUUUGACUUAAUACUGGAUUGAAAUCCAGAUUAUUAUUAUUUUUGCCAAAAGUCGCACUCACUACAUGACAUGAGAGACUUGGUACAAACUGAGUGAUUGGCUGCUUGAGGCGUGAACUUAAUUUAGUCGGUUUAUUAAAAACGACAUGUUUUAGGUGUGGAGGUUGCUGUGUAAUGAAUUGCUCCGGAGCUUGGUUUGUUUGAAGGAGUUGAAAUGUUUAAUUAUCACUAUAGCUCAUUUAUAUAUGUCCCUAUAAAUAUAACGUUUUCCAUCUUGUGUGAAAACGACAGACAUGAAAUACAAUGACAUCAGUGUGAAUAUUGUACAUAAUUCUUAACGGAAAAUAAAGUUUUAUUUAUUUAUUCUGUCUACUUUCUACGGGAUGGGGAUGACAAGUUAUCACUAGAAUUAAACCUCAACCA